CUAAACCCACAACAGUAAAAUCAGUCUCUAUACAGUAAAGUAUGCUUGUUAUACUCACUGUGGAAUCUAAGGGGUUAAUCCUCUCCAUUGUGGAAAAAUGCUGUUUGAUCCUGACUUCUCUGAUCCUCCCCUUCUUCCAGUGUCUACCUCUUAUUUCCUGAUCAGACAUAUGGUGUGUAGUCACUGCACAUGCUCAAUUUGGUGUGCAUCGCUGGAAAGGUGUUUUGUUUUUUUGGCAGAGUGCAUGUGGUCAGCACAGAGCCAAUCAGCACUGCCCAGACAGAGGUCAGGGGUUCUACAUCCUCAUAGAGAAAACUCCUCCUACAAGCUUUAACCAGUGCUCAGCUGAACACUGUUAUAAGUCAAAAAGGUAUUUAGCAGUUUAUAUUUUCUAAAAUAACUGCAUUUCCAUGUGUGUGUACUGUGGGAGACCAGAUAUAGUGAAU